AUGGCAUCAACACCCGUUAACCCAAGGACCUUCGCUGCGAACACAAGUCUCGGUUUGAAAUCUAGUCCUUCUCCAUUUCCACGAACCCCGCGGCCCUCGAAACAGAACCGGAAUCCCUACGAGUUGGGAUUGUCACUGAAGAAGGUAAUUGGAACUACAGUAUCAUCUCCACCAUGCUUCGAUUGUCUUUCUAGCUCUCGAAUAUUUGCAUAUACAGCUGGAGCUACCGUAGUGGUUGUUGAUAUUGACGAUGAGGGGAAACACUUCCAACGUUUCUUUCGGGCUUCUCCAACAGCAGUUGCUGCCAAUGUGAGUAAUGCAACCUUGGGUGGGCCCUCGACGCCUGCCACCAAUGCCACCGAUGGCAGAAACGGAAAAGGAUUUCGAGAUGCUGCAAUUCCGUAUGCACCAUCCACGGCACAUACAGGAUUAGAAUCAGGUGACUCUCCAUCAAGGACAUGGUCGAGCAGGGAAAGAAUAAAAGCGGCUACAUGUGUAUCUAUCAGUUCAGAUGGUCGCUUUUUAGCCGUAGGCGAGACAGGAUACGCUCCUAGGGUUCUCAUAUUCUAUCUGCAAGAGAAUUCGUCAGAUACACCACUCGCCAUUCUCACCGAGCAUACAUAUGGUGUGUCUGCUAUAGCCUUCAGUCCUGAUGGCAAAUACCUAGCCAGUCUAGGUAAUGUCAAUGAUGGAUUUCUUCAUGUUUGGGCCAUAAAUCAAAAGAAUGGAACCGCAAAGCUACAUUCGAGCAACAAAUGUACUAGUUUCAUCAAGCAAAUGUUAUGGCUGGGAGGGAACGUAGUAACAGUAGGAACUCGCCACAUAAAAGUUUGGCGGGUCGAUGAUGGCCGGUGUCCCUCGCCAAAACAAAAAUUUGCACUUGACGGCACACCAUUGCCACUGCCAGUUCAACCAGCACUCAAGACCCUUGCUGGCCGGAACUGUUUACUUGGACCAUUGGUAGAUGCAACCUUCACAUGUGUGGCUUCAUUAUCUGAUCACAGGGCCAUUGUCUGUUCAGAAAAAGGAGACGUUUGCCUCCUAGAUAGCACGGAAGGUCAAAAGUUAUUGAAAGUUUUGAGCACGGGAUUUCCCGUCACAUGUGUUGCUAUUGAAAUGGAAACGCGACAAGUAAGGAUAGGAGGUCGCAAUGGUAAAGUCAAGACGGUAUCCUUAGACACCCUUCUAGCUCCAAGUACUCCUCCAUUGUCACCUCUUCCGGCAGAUGAUUUUAAUGACGAAGUUGACGCUGGUCAUUUAUGUGCUAUGGGUUACGCCGGAAGAAGUUUUGUUACAAUUGAUUCUCGGCAUACAAUUGAGACAUGGGGCAAAGACGACGAUGACACGGACCAUGGAUUUCAAAACACAUUUCAACCUGCACAUGGCGAUGCGGUCAUGGGCGUCCAGCUCUUACCCGAGAACAAUCGGAUGGGCGCCUCUUUUCUUACCUGGUCGGUUAAUGGCAGCCUUGCCUACUGGGACCUUUAUGGUAACAGCAAAGGUUCGGUCACAAUCGGCAUAGAUCAAGUAUCCAUAGAGGAUGAAACUGUCAAUUCGUGCCAAGUCGUUAGGGUAUCCAAGGAAGCCUUGUUUUUGGUUUCCGGAGACAAGUGCGGGGUGUUGAAGAUACUAGAUCCAUCUACUGGUGCAUGCACUUUUGAGACUCGUGCUCAUUCUGCCGAGGUUCAAGAUAUCGCCAUUUAUGAGGAUGGUAGAUCAACUAUGGUAGCUUCCUGUAGUCGAGACCGGACCAUCCAAAUAUUUCGCCGGGUCUUUGACAAGUGGGAAUUAGUUCAAACCUUGGAGGAGCAUACUGCUGGUGUGUGUGGUUUGUUCUUUGCUGAGAAUGGUGAGAAGCUCAUAUCGUGCGGCAUGGAUAGGACAAUUCAUAUUAGGCAGAUUGUCAAGAAGGAAUCAGCAGAGGGCGACGUGCUGGCUGCUGUGCCAGUCCGCAUCAUUACCUUGAAAGCUGCUCCGGUCUCAAUGACGCCUUGUCUCGGUGCUCAAGUGGGUAACAUUGUGGUGUCUUUAUUAGAUCGCACUGUAGCUACCUAUGAUAUAGCUAGUGGUCGUCUGGUAAACUCAUUCCGAGCAACCGAUUACGAUGGAGCAGACGCUGUUGCUCUAGACUGUCUGGCCAUGAGUACACCUAGUACGCUUUCUGGCAAACCUAGUACGAUUCUCGCUGGUGUCUCGACUACCGAUAAGUCUGUCCGUAUCUAUGAUUGGAAUACUGGAUCUUUCCUAGACCGAGAAUGGGGGCAUACUACUUCCGUAUCAGGCGUAGCACUUCUGGAGAACCCCGAUUCAUCUUCUAGAGUCUUGAUAAGUACAGGUUUAGAUGGUACAAUCAUGAUGUGGGAUAUUGCUUCCAACGCCACAGACCUUCCCAAUCAAUCCGAAUCAAAUGACGCCGCUCGUGAUGAACCACCGCCAAAGGAGCCAACAACCUUAAGGCAGCCACUAAGGAAAGUCUUAUCGAAAGCCGAGCUUGCCGAGUUUCAACGGGCAUCACCAAUCGCUACUCCUUCUGGACGGUCUUCGCCCCCUAGAGUAGUUCGACGCAAGACUUCGAAGUUCAGUUUGGCAAAUUCAAACCCCACAUUAUCAAUUCCAUCAGUACCAGCUGUGCCAACCAAGCAUUUUGCAUCUGCAUCGGACGAGUCAGGUCGGAGGACUUCUCCAAGGAACAGAUCUCGUAGCCCAAGCAGUCCUCAGACAAGAGAACUGAGACGUCCCUCAACAGCCACAGUAGAUUUGAGGGGUCGUGGCAAAGCCUCUAGCAUUGGAAUCAGCGAGUUCGGAUCACUUAACGUGGCGACAGAACAGGCCUGUCGAACACUUCGAGCAUACCGGAGAAAGCUCUUAUCCACUGAAACUGUCGAUGAAGAAUGUUUAAAAGAACUGGAUCAAGAGUUACGGCUCACUUCACUAGCGUUAGGGGAUAAGAGUCAGAAGUCGAAAUCUAUUAGUGAGACGGUUCUAGCAGGACUACUUGACCAAUAUUCCGACAGACUCGUUGCCAUAUUUGAUGAGAAGUUGAGAUUGAGUCAAUUAAGGCCAAACAGAAUGGUCGAAUCUCCUACCGAGAUGGUCGAACGCCCAAGAACGGCUGACAAAUCCAGCGAAGAUGGAGAGUUUCUUGAUUGUCAUUGA